UAUGAGGUGUUUGAUGUCCUGCUAACCACUACCAGACCAUUGAAAGAGCAGCCAGUAGAAGCAGGGUAAACGUCAGUGUUUGGGAUUUUCUGAGCUGUGCCGUCGCAAUGCGGUCCAUCCACUCCUCCUGGCUCGAGAGUGUUGGCAAGCUCCUCCGAUCGACCUCAAGUCGACCUCAAGUCAAGGUGACCAUGGCCAUACCGGCUGCUCUGAUCCCACCAACCCCUCUGGUCCCACCGCCUCCGAUCUCGACUCCCUCCGCGACGACGUCCCCGCCGUCGACAACUUCAUCACCAUCUCCAUCCCUGGCUCCCCCAUCCGGACCCGGACAGAACCUGUUCAGAUCAGAGCUCCUUACCACCGGCAGCCCGGGCAUCCCGAACGCGGGUCUACCUCCCGGCAAACCCGUGUACUCAACCCCGUCGCCUGUUGAAAACAUACCGCAAAACAACGAAUGCAAGAUGGUCGAGUUGCGCGGUGCAAAAGUGGCCUCUUUCACCGUGGACGGCAGCGAGCUCAUCUGCCUUCCUCAGGCUUUCGACCUGUUCCUGAAGCACCUGGUCGGCGGACUGCACACGGUCUACACCAAGCUGAAGCGGCUGGAGAUCACGCCUGUGGUGUGCAAUGUGGAGCAGGUCCGCAUCCUCAGAGGGCUCGGCGCCAUCCAACCUGGGGUGAACCGCUGUAAACUCAUCUCCAGAAAAGACUUCGAGACUCUGUACAACGACUGCACUAAUGCGAGCUCCAGACCCGGCCGACCUCCAAAGAGGACCCAGAGUGUGACAUCGCCGGAGAACCCCCACAUCAUGCCCCACUCAGUCCCUGGCCUCAUGUCCCCUGGCAUGAUCCCACCCACAGGCCUGACAGCAGCGGCGGCAGCAGCUGCCAACGCAGCCAUUGCAGAGGCCAUGAAGGUCAAGAAGAUCAAGCUGGAGGCGAUGAGCGGCUACCACGGCAACGCCAACCACCAUGGGGCUGACGGAGAGAAUGGAGACCUCAGCUCCAGCGUCGGCCUGGAACUCCCUUUCAUGAUGAUGCCACACCCCCUGAUCCCAGUCAGCCUGCCCCCAGCCUCUGUCACCAUGGCGAUGAGCCAGAUGAACCAUCUCAGCACCAUUGCAAACAUGGCUGCCGCAGCACAGGGCCAGAGUCUGCCCUCCAGAAUGGUCACCUCUGUUAUAAAGCUGGGGUUUCAGGAACGGGUGCCGGACAGUCCCUCUCCUGCUCCUUCCUUAGAAGACCACAGGAGGCCAGGCAGUCACCCAUCGUCUCACCGCAGCAGCAGUGUGUCCAGCUCCCCAGCCCGUACAGAAAGCUCCUCAGACAGGAUACGUACGUUUAUCACACAGAUAAAUGCGAUACACAACAAUGGCCUGUCCAUGAACCACGCCCUGCUAGGCCUGUCCCCCAACAUCCCACCUGGGCCUAAAGAGGGAGACCUGGCCCACGACAUGAGCCAUGAAUUGAAGAGGAUGCACACCGACAAAGAGGACAACUCCAUGUGCACCCCGACAGCAAGAGAUAGCUACGAGAGGUUGUCAUUUGCUGGACAGGCCCUGCCUCCUGGCUUCCCCUCACCAUUUCUCUUCCCAGAUGGCUUGUCGUCAAUAGAAACUCUCCUCACCAACAUACAGGGCCUGCUGAAAGUGGCUAUUGACAACGCACGGGCUCAGGAGAAGCAGGUGCAGCUGGAGAAGACGGAGCUGAAGAUGGAGCUGUUCAGAGAGAGGGAGCUCAGGGAGACUCUGGAGAAGCAGCUCGCCAUGGAGCAGAAGAACAGAGCAAUCAUUCAGAAGCGUCUGAAGAAGGAGAAGAAGGCCAAGAGGAAACUCCAAGAAGCUCUGGAGUACGAAUCCAAGAGGAGAGAGCAGGCUGAGCAGACCCUGAAGCAGCCCUCGCCCUCUGACAGCAUGCGUUCACUCAACGGUCAGAUGCUCCACAAAUCUCUGACCCCUGAGAUGGAGAGUGACCGCAGCAGUGGAAGAACAGAUGCUGAAAGGACAAUACAAGAUGGAAGACUGUUCCUGAAAACCACCGUGAUGUACUGAUAAGGCUGUGAGGAGCUGGAGGAAAUAAAAAUUUCAGAAAAAAAAGAAGAAGAAGAAAAAACGAAAGAAAAGAAACCCCAUGAAGAUUCUCAAGAGCCCUUAUCCAGGCUGAUUUAGUAAGAGGAAAGAAGUCAAGCUGCUUGUAGGAGUUCAAUGGAAAAUGCUGUGUUCACCCAAAUGCUGGAGGAGGUUGUGUCUGAAUGUAGAAUAAGAAGUCUUUUUCUCACAGAGGCCGACAUGAAAUAGUUUGACAGAGCAGCUUUUGACGUAGCGGGUUGGCCGACGUGAAGGAUAAACAUAUAUAUUGAGCACAGUAAAAAAUGUACCCAUGGUACACUGUUGGUAAUAACUCGUAAAUUCACAGCACUGAAGAUUUUUAUACUGUAUCUCAGCCAGCGAGAAAGCUUUGAAAAAGAAAUUCGACUGAAGUUGUGUUUUGUAUUUCAAAUUGAAUUUUGAGAAACUAAAAAUGACACGUGGAGAUGAACCUUGUGAGGAGAAAAAAAUGUGAAUCUAUCCAUGUGUUCAUCAAAAGAGAAGACUGAUGUUUGAUUUUCAUGUUUUCUAAAUUAGAUGACAAUACAAUCACGUUUCCUUUUUACCAUUGUUGUAUAUACAAGAUCUGAUGAUAAUGACAGUAAAACUCGCUCUAUCGAACCCGAGUGGCUUGAUGAGGUAUGUGUAUAUAACGUUAAGAGGUAUUGUGUAUGCAGUAGAGCUAUUAGGCAAACAAUACCACCAUUUAUAUAAACCUACAGUUUUGUUUUGUUCUAUUUCUGAGCCAUCAUUCUUUCCUAUAGCUGCCAUUUUGGUGAGAAAGCAUGCAGGCAUGUAAAUGUUUGUCCUGGAAUUAUGAUAUUUAAUAAAUCCUAUAUUGUGCUGAACAAAUACUAGGGUUGACUCACUCAAGCCCAGAUGGUUUUGAAAACAUAAUUAUCAAACAUUUCACUUUCAAAAUGAAGACUUUUGCUGUCGAUAGUACUGUAAUCUUUGUAACAAAGGUGAUAUUUCUUGGAAUUUACUGUACAUUUUUUGUCAUGAGACACUCAAAAUCAGCAACUAUCAAUGCCUUUUUAAAAAGAAAAUAUCCAGACUAAUUAUGAUCACGUGUCAGUUUGAGAAACAGUCAUGACACAACUUUUUCGAGACUGAAUGCCAUUUAAUUACAUUGCUCAAAACCCCGUACACAAACACAGUUCUCUUUUCUUUUUUAGAGUGUUUCAUGAUAUCCUGGUGAGAAAGAAAAAAAAAAUAUAAGUUAAAAUUUCCUAUUACUUUCCCUAAAUGCGUUUUGAAUAUUGGUGCUGUAACACCUGUGUAUAUUCUCUAGACAUAAGCUGAUGUCAGUCCUUUAACUGAAAAACAGUUUAGACCUUAUGUGUUACAAUCAGGAGAGGAGUGUCCCAUGUUCACAAUGUGUUUGUUCUUUUUGUUCUCAAUGGAGUGUCUAGGUCUGUUGUCACUGAUAACUUAUAUAGCUUCUCGAAUCAUCUCUUCAUUGUACUUCAAAUUCAAAUAAAGUUAACAUGUUGAU